AUGUCUUCCGCCACUGCCUCUCCCGCUCUUUCCCUUCAUAAACCUCGCUAUCCGUUUGUGCCUCAGGGAGACUCCUCUCCCGUCAGUCUAUCGCGUCAAUCUUCUCCUCGAUCCUCCGAGUGCUCUUCGCCUGACGGUUCCCGGUCGACCAGUCGCCGCCGUCCGUCGGUUGGUUCGAUCAAAGAAGACGUUGACGGCAUUGCGCAGUCCUUUGUGGACACGCACAUCGAAGAAGAACAGCAGCAGCCCUCCAAAGAACAGCAAAACCCCAGUGCCGCCGAGAUGCAGCCCUCUCCCGACUUCUGCUGCCCCUGCGGCGGCUUCCUGGGCUGGAAGCAGAUUCGACUGGGUGGGAAAAGCCUGAGCCGAAGCUACAGUGAUCUUCGCCACCUGGGACAGAUGCACGCCCGCGGCUGGGCCUGGGAGGCUACUCCGCCGCCAAACGAUGACCCGCCGCCGACCCAGACGCUGGCGGUGGAAGAGGAGCCGGUGGUUAUUGAGGAAGAGAAGCCGAUUCCCGGCACUUCCAGUCUGGAGAAGCUCCCUCCGGAGGUGCUUGACCAAAUCAUAUCCAAGCUGGCGUUGGACGUCCCGCCCAAUGGGUACACGCCUCGGAACGUCGACCUAAUCGCAUGCCUUCUCGCCUCGCGGACGUUGCACGCGGCCACCCUCGCCGUAUUGUACAGAAACAUGACUUUCCCGCACUCGAUCAUCUUUUCCAAGGCUCUCAACCAUAUGUCGCAGUAUCCGGCUUUGGGAACGCUCGUUCGUCGCCUCGAUUUCUCCCAUUUCACCUCCGUCGGACUGGGCCGGACGAAGCAGAUGAACUCCGAGAUUCAGAAUUUGACCGCGACGACGCUCUUGAAAUGUUUGGAUCUGCUGCCCAACUUGAAGGAAUGCUUGCUGCAGGAGCACGUGGAGGGCGACAUCAGCGUCGAAGUGAUGCAGAAGCUGUUCACCGGCCUGCCCAACCUCUUUGCGAUCGAUCUCUGCGGUUGUUCGACGCAGUCCUUUUCGGCGAUUUUCCAGCAGUCGCUCUUCAGUCUUCCCUUGACCAUGCCGAAUCUGAGGCGGAUCUCGAUGCACGAAUGUAGCAGCCUUCCGGCCUCCGCCUUCGAGACCCUACUUCCCCGCCUGGUAAACCUGACGCACUUGGACGUUACUCACACGCAGAUCAACGAGGCGGCCCUCUUUGCCAUUCCCGAAACCGCUCGGAUCACGCACCUCAGUCUUUCCCGAACCAUUCGUCUGCGAGGCUCUAAGGUGGUCGAGUUUCUGACGACUCAUCCCGCCGUCACCGACUCGCUGGUAUUCCUGAACCUGCUGACCGAUCCUACGCGCUACCGACUCCUGGAGGAAGAGGAUGUCAGCGCGCUGCUCCCGAAAUUGCCCUCUUCGCUGCGUUCUCUGAACAUCGGAGGUGCCAAGGUCACCUCGGCCCAUACGCAGGCUCUUAUCCCCUUGACGAAGCAUCUGUGCGAAUUGGGAUUGGGUUCGGCUGAGUUGUCCGCACAGGACUUGAACGCCUUCUUCACUCCUGCCCCACGAGGAGGCGAUGUAGCGAUUGAAGCCGUGGAGAACUGGGUGCCCCCAUCCCUGUGCUACCUCGAUCUUACCAAGGCCUCCCAAUUGACGUUGGGAACCGUUUUCAACACCAGCUCCUGCCUCCUGCUUUCGCAGCAGAGCUAUCCACUCCAGGUGAUCGAAUUCCACGAAAAGUUGAUUGCUCCGCUGCGUGAGAGAACCAAAACCGCCAAGUCUUCUACCGGGUGGACUGUUCGGGAGCUAGGCCGCCGAGGAUGGUAUGUCCGAGACCCUGCCUCCAUGCCGAACGAGAUGACCGACGACGGCGCUCGCUCCUGGAAAAUGGGAGCUAGAUGGUGGGGAAUGAGAAAGAUCCCCGUGGCCGUCGGCGAUUUGCCUUUGCGUCUUUCGCUUUCCGCUCCUUCAGUUGCCACGACCUCGUCGAUCAGCUUGAAGGCUUUUGACCUUCCGCAACUGUCGGAUACUCCGGUGGGAUUUUAUUCUCCCGAUGGGUGUAUCCCUACACGCCGCCCAGGACCUUGGAAGCUGUCGAGUUCCAAGACGAUGGCACCUCCGAGCGGGUCGGCGGCAUACAAGAAGAAAGAUGGCACCCUGACCAUGUCGCAGGAUGGCCAGUCGGUCUCUUGGAUCCCGGCCGCUGGUGGUGCAUCGGGAACUAUUACGUUACCUGUGGCUCAGAUCACAAAUUUGCAGCAAACACCCGCCAGUAAUCCCAAGGUGAUGCUGAAGAUCUUCGUCCAGCCCCCCAACGCAUCUGCCGGCUCCCCAGAACAAUACGUUUUCUCCUUCACGGCCGGUGCCAACGCCCGUGCAGAAGCGGACGCCAUCAAGGAUGCUCUCAGUACAGCCAUCCAAGCAGCUAAAACUGGCCAUGCUAGCCCCGCGCCGGCAGCGGGCAACGGUGAAGGCAUGUCGGCGGCGAUGGCCAUCGCGAAUGCAGUGUCGUCGACGGGCUCGGGGAGGAAUACAUGGGAUGAUGACAAGAAGCUCAAAGCGGAUGUGGAACUACAACAAGCCCUGCUGAACUCGGACCUCAACCUGAAGCGCAUGUUGAUGGAGUCGCUGACCUCCAAACCCGAUACGAUGACCACCCCGCAGUUCAUGUCGCAGUUCUGGUCUACGCGAGUUCACCUUUUGCGGGCCCAUGCCAUCGAGCGAGCCCAGACGCGAGGGUCCUACAAUGUGUUGUCGACGUUGAAGCCGCGGGUCGAGGAUAACGUAUCGAAGAUGAACAUUAGCAAGGAGCAAAUUCAGUUGAUCUUCUCGCAACAUCCCCUCAUCAAACGAGUCUACGACGAGAACGUGCCGAAGCUCAGCGAACAGCAGUUUUGGUCGCGGUUCUUCCAAAGUCGUUUGUUCAAGAAAAUGCGAGGGGAGCGCAUCUCGGAGAACGACCCCACGGACCUCGUUCUCGAUAAGUACCUCAAAGCCGAUGAAUCUGGGAACCUACCGCGUGAAUCACACGUGCCUAAUUUCCUUGAUCUGGAGGGAAACGAGCUGAACAAUAGUCAACGCCGAGGAAACCGGCCGGAUCUGGACAUGAGACCGUCUGGCUCAGAUAAAGUGCCGAUCAUUCGGUCGCUAAACAAUCUGAGUGAGAAGAUCAUGGCGAACGUGGCGCCCGCCGAUCGCGAUCCUCACGCGCCGAUUGGCAUGGAUGAGGAAACGUACAAUGAGCUGCAGCUGCGAGAUCUUCGUGGCGACGAGCAGCAGAAUCGCAUCUUGCUCAACAUCCGGGACCAGAGCCGAUUCUUCGCAUCCAACUCCAAGGCCGCUGACGACGAACAAAGUCGGCUUUUCGCCAAACAAGACCCGGAGAAGAUCCUGCGCGACUUGCGCAUCGAGGUCGAACGCGAUCUGCCCGAGGACGGGACAGCUCCACUGGGAAAGCUCGUCGAGCCGGAAGAGGACAGCGACGACGACGAGCAGAAGCAGCGCCAGAAGGUUGGCUCCCGUGCUAAUUUACAACGAGCGUCGAACCAGAUCCUGGAAGCUAUUCGAGAACGGCGUGCGCAGACGGACGUCUCGUCUAGCACCGACACCUACGGCCUGUCCACCAACCUCUACGACCGCCUCAUCCUGACGCAUGCCACGACGACCGAGUUCUUGCAUCAGUUCUGGCAGGCAUUCCUUUCGGGGAAUUCGGACCGUGCCGGCGAAGUCGCAUCCCUGGUGGAGUCCUUAAACCGGGCCCAGGCGCGCAUCAAAUCCGUGGCGCAGGAUGCAGAGGCGGAGCGACAGGUGGAGGUCGAUCGACUUAAGCGGCAUGCACGCGAGGUGCUCGAAGCCACAGGGAGGAGGAUCCGACUCAAUCUGGCGGGAGUGCCGGGGGGCGAGCAAGCUGUCAACCGGCUUCUGGGGCCCACGAACCAGGCAUUGGAAACGGCCUUGACACGAUACCACACGGCGUAUGCGGAGGAAAUGAAAGAGAUGCCACCGACUACAUAA